ACGUCGUUUGGUUGUGGUGGAUCCUGAGCCUGAACACUUGGCAACCUUUUCGACUAAACGAGGUGAUGUUUCUACGAACUGUACGGAGUCACGCGAAGCUGGGCGCGGCGGCGCUCAUGGGCGCCCCCAUGCUGUUAUCGCAGCAGCAAGCACAUGCGGAGCAGCGUGUGUAUGCCAGCGGGUACAAAAGCCAACAAAAAUUAGGAAUUAAAGAGGGUAUCUCAAGAUUUUACGCCUGAUUUGUGCCUGCAGAGAGGCACUGGGGCGAGGAGUCCGUCUCGAGCUCUGGAAAGCGCAGCAUGAGAAUGUGGUGGUGCUGGACUUAGAGAGCGAGUUGAUUCAGCUCGGCAUGACGAGGAUCCGCGACUACGAGAACGCUGGUGCAAAAUUCACUCAUGACGCGAAUGGGGUUCUGCGUUCGACGUUGGACUUGGCGCUAACGGAGCUCCCGAGCGACGAAGAGUCUGUUGUGACAACGCCGCGUGGGUAUAAAGCUGAGGGCCUCAUGUUUGAGGACGACGUGAAGGUGUGCGGCAUCAGUAUUGCCGUGAAUCCGGAGGCCCAAAAGGGUUUGGCACAGGUUCUUCGAACUUCUCUGCCGUAUGAUGCCAAAUACGGUGAGAUUUUGGUGCAAGAGGACGCCAAGGGCGGUAACAAGAUUGCCAAGGCCACUCUUCCGGAAGAUUUAGAUGGCCACGAAGUGUUGCUGCUGUUGCCAGAGCUUGCGUCGGUUUCCCAAAUUGACAAAGUUAUCCAUCUUUUGAUGCAGCAAGGUGUCGAAGAAGAUAAAAUUACAGUGGUGACCCUCGUCACUUGUCCCGAAGGUGCAGACGGAUUUUGCAAGGCUUUCGAUGACGCUCGACUAGUGACCGCUUCGUUUGACUCGAGGCUCAACAGUGAAGGUCACAUUGUGCCCGGUAUUGGCUCCUUUGAAGAGCGAUACCUCGGUGCCCCCAGUUCUGUUGUGGACGUCGUUGACGAGGCUGUGGAGUCCAGCAAGGAAGAGAACGCUCUGAAGGCAAAAAUUACGUCGAAAAUCUCCUCAUGGUUUAAAAAAGACUGAUGAGACCACCACGUUCAAGAACCGGCCUAGACAACUACACCAUUUUACUCGCAAAAAAAAGAGAAAGUUACAAAGUGAGGCUUGCACAUUGGAAUGCAAUUUCUUAGUGAUCUUUACCCAAAUGUUUUGGACAAGUUGUCUGAGCUGUCCACAACAACUCAAA